ACAGACGGUCUAGCGUGCCGUUCACUCCGCCCAACUUCAAAGACUGACGCCCACACAUCAGUACCCCGCAUACGCUAAAACCCCUUCCCUUCCCAAACCCAAAGCAAAGCAAAGCACAACUCUUCCAUACACCUUCACCCUAUCCCCUUCCCUCCCUCUUCUGCUUCCUUUUCUCCCACCCAAAGGCAUAACUCUGUGCCCACGGGAAGAGAUAAAUAAAGGGUGCUGCCAAAAACAAGAUUUUUGGGGUUUCAAUAUUGUUGGGUCAUGGCUGAGGGAGUUUCGACAGAGACCCAGUUGUCCUUAGCGGCGUCUUCCAUGUUUCCAGGGUUUAGGUUUUCACCCACCGACGUCGAAUUGAUUUCCUUUUACUUGAAGAAGAAGCUGGAAGGCGACGACAAGUGUUGCGAGGUUAUUGCCGAGGUCGAAAUGUGUAAAUACGAGCCCUGGGACUUACCAGCCAAAUCCAUCAUUAAUUCAGAAAAUGAAUGGUUCUUCUUUUGUGCUCGUGGAAGGAAAUAUCCAAAUGGUUCACAAAGUAGGAGGGCAACUGUACUUGGUUAUUGGAAAGCCACUGGAAAGGAACGUACUGUGAAGUCUGGCUCCAAUGUGAUUGGUACAAAGAGAACCCUUGUGUUUCACCUAGGCCGUGCACCAAAAGGGGAAAGGACAGAGUGGAUCAUGCAUGAGUACUGCAUGGAUGGACAAUCCCAGGAUUCCCUGGUCAUUUGCCGCCUUAGGAAGAAUGCUGAGUUCCACCCAACUAAUAAUUCAGAUAGGAGGAUUCAAAAUCGAAGGCAACUGUCAAUCAUGCAUGACAGUAACCAAGCUGCAUCAGAAGGUGGUACAGAGCUGCUAGAGCAGACUGGCAUUUAUGAAGGGGAUCAUUCUAUAGAACAGAAUGAUUCAACAUCUGAAUUUACACCGGCCGAAUCUUGUAGCCAGCAGAAGGAUUCGGAUGAUGAAGAUGAUUUUUUUGCUGAGAUACUAAAAGAUGACAUAAUCAAGCUGGAUGAAACUUCAUUGACAGACACACCUGACUUCCUUCCUGGGAUUGCUGGUACUUCUCAGCAGAAAUCAGAAGAAAUGCCAUCAUAUGUUCUUCCUGUCCAAGGUACAGCAAACCGAAGAAUCAAAUUGAUAAAGGAAAAAUCAGGUUUAGAUGAAUACUCCAUAGAGAAAAAUAGAUCUCCAAAGACAGAGUCGUCAUCCACAUGCCUGCUCAGUAUGUUUUCAUCAAGGACUAUCAACAUUCGACUCAUUUCUGUAGCUUUCAUCACCCUGACUCUGCUGGCUCUGUUUCUAUCUCUACAACGAGGUUCCAAGCCAGUUGAAGAUUUCCAGUACGCUACUUUCUACAAAGACUUGUAAUUCCAAUACAAAUGUAAAUACAACCAAUAAUCAAUGUAUCAUGCCACGCAGGCACAGCAAGAAUAAAAGCAGAAAAGUUGA